AUGAGUGGCCCACAGCCCGCCGCCGCGCCCGAGCUGGGCCCAGACAAGGAGGCUGGAGGCCCCGCAGCAGAGGCCAUGGUGGGUGCCCGGGAGAAGGGCCCUCGGCUGGGCCAGCGGCUCCCCUCAAUCGUGGUGGAGCCCAGUGAGCUGGGUGCGGUGGAGAGCGGGGAGCUGCGUUGGCCCCCAGAGGGCACCCAGAGGGGGUCUGCCCGGAGCCAGGCUGCUGCUGCCCCCUCACCGCGUCCGCCGGGAGCACCGGGGGAGGCUCCAGCUGACGCCGAUGACGAGCGUGCCCAGGCCCCCUGCGCCCGGCGAGAUGCUUUAGAUCCCACACAUGAGUCUAAAAAAAUCAAGGAAGUUAAAGAAGACGAAGAAACUAACCCGAGUUAUAGGCAGUUGAGGGGCAUGUUAGCCACAAUGAGUACUGAUGAUAAGCCUGAAACUGAAGAUGAACAGGAAAAUUCAUUGUCUCCCCAGGACGAGGAUGCGUUAGAAGCAGCAGCAUCCCGAUACCACUCUGAGGACGAACGGUCCUUCUCAGCCAGAGAUGCUGCAAACGGCUUAAAAGAGCCCCUUCAGCUAAGUCCUCUCCAGAUGAAUUUCAGUUGCAAGCUUCUGAGUGCUCUGCCAAAGAGCUCUGACGAUACAAGGGAGGACGACAAUAAUAAGAAGAAUCAGCGCUAUUACAGCGAUGUAACUGAGAACAGUGGACAAAAUACUUUUGGCGGAGAUAAAGCUGGAGAAGGCACUGGCAGCUCCAGCGGCAGGAACGUGUAA